AACACCUCAUGGCUCAUACACGGUCGGAUUUCACCUCGAAAUUUGAACAUGGAAACAAGAACGCCCUGUCACUUACAAGAAGCACUCAGGCUGUGAAACCCAACAAUACAACAACUUUACCAACUCCAGUCUAGGGGCUGAACAAAAGCUUCGGCACCAAGCAACUAGAGAACGAGACAAGGAGAAAGUUGGGGAAUGCAGAAUCGUACAGACGGGCCCAUGAGUGUUUCACUAGGUGGUGGACAAGGCGAACGGCGCUCAACGGGAUCGUUUUUUGUGGGUGGGCAAGCGGACUCGCUUGCCAUGCACAUUUUGUCGGGUCAGCUCAGUGAUCCCUCUAAGGUGUCCGAUCUUUGCUUCUACCUGGCCAGAAGCAUUGAUGAUGCUGUCGCAAAUAACGAAGUUCCACUAAAAGCACAGGAUUUGCCUAUGUUGGUUAAACAGGUAUAUAAAUAUAACAAUCAUUCUUCCCUUCAAGCAGCUGUAAUGGCACUUAUGAUUUCUGUCAAGAAUGCUUGUAUGAUUGGAUGGUUUCAAAAUAAAGAUUCAAAUGAUCUUCUUACGUUGGCUAAAGAGAUAGGUAAAUCCUUCAGUAAUACUGAGGAUUUUAACGUUGAACCAAGCUAUGCUCUGUCCAGCAUUUCAAAAAUCAUGACUAGAUUCUAUCCACGUAUAAAAAUGGGACACAUACUAGCUUCACUUGAGAUCAAGGCUGGAUACAGGGCCAUUGUCUAUGACUUCCAUAUAUUGAAGAGUACAACAGUUCCUAUGCAAAAUCAGAUAGCUCUGUUUGUUGCUCAAAUGGAUAAUAUGGAGACAUCAUCUUGCAUUAUGACUCCACCUCUAGCAAACUUUCUGUUAAAUGGUAAAGGAGUGCAAGGAAGGAAUAACAUUUCCAUGGACACUGGACCACAGCUGCCAACAAAUAUUACUGCAAUGCUCAAAUAUGGAAUUAAUCUUUUUCAGGCUGUUGGGCAGUUCAACGGUAAUUAUCUCAUUACUAUUGCUUUCAUGAGCAUGAUGCCAUUGACUUAUGAAACUCCAUCACUACAAGAUUAUGUUCAGCCUGUUGUUGGCCCAUAUGGCUCUGAUUCUGAGAUAAUCGAGAGGCCAUCACGCAUUUCAUUAAAUUGCCCGAUAAGCCACAAACGUAUCAAAACACCUGUGAAAGGACAUCUCUGCAAGCAUUAUCAGUGCUUUGAUUAUGAGAACUUCGUGGAAAUGAAUGCAAGAAGGCCACUAUGGUGUUGCCCAUAUUGUAACCAACCUGUCUGCCACACGGAUAUACGCAUUGAUGAGGAUAUAGCUAAGAUCUUGGGAGAGACUGAAGAGAAUGUUGUUGAUGUGAUGAUCUCAGCAGAUGGAUCCUGGAUGUCAGUCUUGCAGAACAAAGACCAUGCUGACAAAACAGGCCAUGGGACACCAAGUUGUCAGCAAGAAAGACCUCGGCAGUGUGAUUCUGAUGGAUUCUCAUGUUUGCCAGAUGAAUUUUCUGAUCUUACCAAGGAAGGGGCGAAUGCAAUGCAUGUAUAUGGAGGAGGUACUGGAAGACGACAUUUGCUGGAUAAUCCUCCAUGCAUUCCAAGAAAUGUUGUGCAAAAGGAAGUAAAAAACUGUGACAGGUUGGACCAACAUGGUUCUUGUUCAACAGAGGAAAACAUAUACUCAAGAAUUCCCAUAUCUAUUUCUGCUGUCCCACUUGGUUCAGUAGGCAGUACGUCUACUUGGGCUGGAACCCCUGGCAGUUCCAAAUCAUCUUGCAAUUCAAUUCUUGCACCGGUCCUAACAAACACUCUUUCUCCAGUUCUGAACCAACAGUCUUUACAUGGGGGCUUGGAUAGAGAGCAGCAAUUGCUCAGGCCGCUUGUGAAUUCUUUACCAGUCUCAGACAUGGCUUCAUCUUCCAUGCACAAUAACUCAUCAAUACAGAACCAGGAAGUUAACAAGGACAAUUAUGUUUCUGGUCAAGAUGUCCAACAGGCCGAUAUCUUUCCCACUCAAGGCCUAGGUGGUCAUCACAUUUCCUCCAAAUCUUCCUCUGGGCAUCAAAAUUCGCUACAAUCCAGUGCUUCUCACCCUUCAGCUAUGACUCCGUCGCUAAAUUCUGUUCCUCCAUCGACUGUUGUAAAACCAGUGCAGUUUCAGCAAGGUGGUGGUAGUGGCCAAGCCAUGCAUAAUGUUAAUAGCACGCAAACACCACUCAAGUCUACUGCUCAACCAAUGGCUGAGAAGUCAAGAACACCACUAUAUGUACCGGUUCAACUCCAACCAUCUGGAACAGACCUAUCAUCGUCUCUUUCUACAGUUGCUGAGCGGCCUAGGGGAACUAGCAAGAAAGGGGGAAGUGUGAGCGAGACAACACAUCCUCAAAGGUUGCAGACUGAAGGCUCGGCAACCUUGACAUCAGCACAGAACUGGCAGCCCUCAGGCAGAAUGGAGGGAAGCCUCAUGGGAAUGGAUUCGCAAGGACAAGGAGACAUGCCAUUCACAACACUCUUACAGGGUUCUAACCUUGACGAUAAAUGUUUGGAGUCUCAACAUACUCCACAAAUCGUCAAAGAGUCUCUACCCCAAGUUGAAAUGGUCACUAAUAAGAGACAUCGGGGUGUCAAGUUCAGUGUGGAGGAAGACAAUCUCCUUGUGUCAGCGUGGCUAAGUACUAGUGUGCAUGCUGGAACUGAGGAAAAACACAAGUCAUAUUGGGAGAGAAUUUGGGAUUUCUUUCUCAAGCACAAGGGCCAGGCGAUUUCUGAACGUAGUCCGAGCUCCCUAAUGAAUCGCUGGACAAUAAUUAAACUUGGCAUCGAUAAUUUUUGUGAUUGUUUGGCUCAAAUCGAAUCAAUGCAUCAAAGCGAUAUGAGCGAACAUGACAAGAUUCUUCAGGCAAAGGCCAAGUAUCAACAACUUCAUGAAACCUCUUUUUCAUUUGAACAUUGUUGGACAUCAUUGAGACAUCAAGGAAAAUGGUUGCAGCGUAACCUCUUGAAAAAAAGAAAUAGAAGACUACCAUGUGUGGCAUCUUCUCCAUCAACUCCAGAUUCGACAAAUCUAGGGAAAGAUGACGUCUCCAAUAAUAGCUUUCUAGACUCGGAAAGACCAAUAACCAUGAAAGAUGAGAAGGAAAAACGAAAGAGAAAAGAGAGUACAAAGUCAGAUAAUGCAGUAUUAUUGAACUCCAUGAUCAGGAAAGAUAAGUUGAAGAAAUUAACUGAAAAUUUGGACGAAGCACGUGAUCAAGAGAUCAAAGGGUUGACAUGUCUUGAGCAAGAAAAGGCUCACUUAAAACAAUCAAUGGAGGACGAGAAGACGAUGUGCAUGAGUCAAGAAAUGUUUCGAUUGGAACAAGCUCAGAAAGAACUAGUACGUUCGGAGAAGGCAAUACUUCAAUUAGAACUAGACAUGGAGGAAGUAAGAAUUAUGGCAAUAGACACAAGUGCCAUGUCUCCAAUGCAACAACAGUAUUUUCAGCAACGUCAAGUGGAAAUACUUGAAAGGCGAAAAGGGAGCAAAUAAUUAAUUAUUUCCUUCUUUUUAGUUGUGUAUUUUCUUUCAUUUUGACUCAUGAUAGGCACAUUGUCUGAACUUUGUGAACAGAACUUUGUGCUCUUUUUUAUUAAAUAGCUUGUUAUAUAUUCACCUGUUAUGUUGCAUACUAUGUCCAACUUCAUUUGAAUGGAUAUCAU